CGCUGCGGCACCUCCCCGGGUCUCGCUUCUCCGUCGCUCCGCGUCCCGACCCGCGCUGGGAUGGCAGCCGCCGGACCCCAGAGCUCCCUCCGCGGAGCCCUCUGCAGGGGGCUGCUGACCUUCGUGGUCUUCAGUUUUGCUUGUGAAGCCUGCAAAAAAGUGAUCUUUAAUGUACCUUCUGAACUAGAGACAGACAAAAUGGUCGGCAGAGUUAAUUUGGAACAGUGCCUCCGGUCUGCAGACCUCAUCCAGUCCAGUGACCCUGAUUUCAGAGUUCUGGGUGACGGGUCGGUAUACACAGCUGGGGCUGUUGUGUUAUCUGAUGAGAAAAGAUCAUUCACCGUAUGGCUUUCUGACACGAAGAAACAGACCCGGAAGGGGAUCACUGUGCUCCUGGAACAUCAGAAAAAGGUACUGAGGAAAAGACACACUAAGGAAACUGUUCUCAGGCGUGCCAAGAGGAGAUGGGCGCCUAUUCCCUGUUCAAUGCAGGAGAAUUCCCUGGGCCCUUUUCCGUUGUUUCUUCAACAAGUUCAAUCUGAUGCAGCACAGAACUAUACCGUCUAUUAUUCAAUAAGUGGACGUGGAGUUGACCAAGAACCUUUAAAUUUGUUUUACAUAGAAAAAGACACUGGAAAUCUGUACUGUACUCGGCCAGUGGAUCGUGAAGAAUAUGAUGUUUUUGAUUUGAUUGCCUAUGCGUCAACUGCAGAUGGUUAUUCAGCAGACUUACCUCUUCCACUGCCCAUCAGAGUGGAGGAUGAAAAUGACAACCACCCUAUUUUCACAGAAAAAAUUUAUAAUUUUGAGGUUCCAGAAAGUAGUAAACUUGGUACUAAAGUGGGAGAGGUUUGUGCCACGGACAGAGACGAACCAGACACUAUGCACACACGCCUGAAGUACAGCAUUCUGCAGCAGAUUCCACAGUCACCUGGGCUCUUUUCCGUGCAUCCCGUCACGGGCGCCAUCACCAUUGUCUCUCAAUAUUUGGACAGAGAGGUUGUAGACAAGUACAAAUUGAUAAUGAAAGUACAAGACAUGGAUGGUCAGUUUUUUGGAUUGGUGGGUACAUCAACUUGCCUUAUAACAGUAACAGAUUCAAAUGACAAUGCACCUGCUUUCAGACAAAAUGCUUAUGAAGCAUCAGUAGAGGAAAAUACAUACAAUGUGGAAAUCUUACGAAUACCUAUAGAAGAUAAAGAUUUAAUUAACACUGCCAAUUGGAGAGCCAAUUUUACCAUUUUAAGGGGCAACGAAAAUGGACAUUUCAAAAUCAGUACAGACAAAAAAACUAAUGAAGGCAUUCUGUGUGUUGUAAAGCCAUUGAAUUAUGAAGAAAACCAUCAGGUGGUCCUGGAAAUUGGAGUAAGCAAUGAAGCCCCUUUUACUAGAGACACUGCACUCAGGACAACCAUGAACAGAGCUUUGGUCACAGUUCAAGUGAGGGACCAGGAUGAAGGGCCUGAAUGCAACCCUGCAGCCCAAUAUGUACGGAUUAAAGAAAAUUCAGCAGUGGGGUCCCGGAUCAAUGGCUAUAAGGCAUAUGACCCCGAAACUAGAAGUAGCAGUGGCAUAAGGUACAGAUUAUUGCAUGAUCCUAAAGGGUGGAUCUCCAUUGAUGAAAUUUCGGGGUCAAUCCAAACUUCCAAAAUUCUGGACAGGGAGGCCGUAACACCCAGAAACGACUUGUAUAAUGUUACAGUCCUGGCAUUAGAUCACGACGGUAGAUCGUGUACUGGAACACUUGCAAUUAACAUCGAGGAUGUGAAUGAUAAUGCACCACAUAUUCUUCAAGAUCAGAUAAUAGUCUGCAAACCAAAGAUGGGGUACACUGACAUUUCAGCCUUUGAUGCCGAUGAACCUAUCCAUGGCGCUCCAUUUUAUUUCAGCUUGGCAAACCCUUCUUCAGAAAUCAACAAGAUAUGGACCCUCUCCAAAGUUAAUGAUACAGCUGCCCGUCUUUCCUAUCAGAAAAACGCGGAAAUGAAAGAAUAUAAUAUCCCGGUUACUGUAAAAGACAGAGCAGGUCAAUCUGCCACGAAAACCGUGAGAGUGAAUCUGUGUGACUGCACGCACCCCAGCCAGUGCCUGGCGGCUUCCAGGAGUGUGUCCGUGUCACUUGGAAAGUGGGCGAUCCUGGCAAUACUACUGGGAAUAGCAUUACUUUGUUCUGUGUUGUUCACUUUAGUAUGUGGAGUUGUUGGUGCCAGGAAAAAAAAAGGUUUUCCUGAAGAUUUGGCACAGCAAAAUUUAAUUAUAUCAAACACAGAAGCACCUGGAGAUGAUAAGGUGUGUUCUGCCAAUGGGUUUACGACCCAGACCGUCAACAACACUAGUCAAGGCUUUAAUGGCACUAUGGGAUCAGGAGUGAAAAAUGGAGGGCUGGAAACGAUUGAAAUGAUGAAGGGAGGAGGGCACCAUACCUUGGAGUCGUGCCGGGGUCAUCAUCACACCCUGGAUUCCAGCAGGACCGGACACGUGUGCGUGGACAGCUCCAGAUACACUAACUCAGAGUGGCAUAAUUUCACUCAGCCUCGUCUUCGUGAAAAAUUGCACCUAUAUAAUCAGAAUGAAAACAACCUCUCAUCUCAAGAUUAUGUUCUUACAUAUAACUACGAAGGAAGAGGAUCUCCAGUUGGUUCGAUAGGUUGCUGCAGUGAAAAACAGGAAGAAGAGGGUCUUGACUUUUUAAAUAAUUUGGAAGCUAAAUUUGCUGCCUUAGCAGAAACAUGCACAGUGAGAUAACUGUUGCAGAGCUUCAGUUAGACAUGGUGUCAGGCAUUCUGGAGCUUUCUGAAAGGGAUACUUUAAAAUUCAAUUUCAAUUUCAAUUUCUAAAUACAUCUAUAUG